CCAGGUGCUGCAGGUGAAUAUGGUCAUGAACAGAAGAGUGAUGACACAACCACGAGCUCGGACAUAUCCUAUGAUCCUGCAGAUUGUUUUGAUGAUAGUUUGGCAGGAUUUACUCUAUAUGAAGCUAGGAAUCUGAGAAGUUCGGCUGAUCGUUUGAUGGCUAAUGGUGAUGAAGUUGAGAUCAGUGAGAUCUACCUGCAUGCAGGAUUAAAAUUUUUGAAAGGUGCAUACUUGCUUGAGUGCCUCAGACCAAGGAAUGCUCCAGUUGCAUUUCGUGGCUACAUUGAUGCAGCAAAUCUUUUCAAGUACUGUGCAGAAACAAAUGAGAAGAAUGGAAAAACUGAAGUUGCUGCUUUUGCAUACAAGUGCAUGGAGGUGGCAUACUUAAGAGGUGCCUUUACACUGCAGCAUGUUUGUUCAAGUAGCCAAAGUACCUUAUAUAAGGGAGAUACCAGGAUGUUAUGGAAUUUCGAACCAAAGAAUGAUAAUGCAUCUCAUCUAAAGCAGCUCCUCAGCAUUGUAAGCAAUAUUAUCUUCUUCUAAUUUUUGCUAGAUAUUUUGGAAAGGAAGCAGCAACUGUUUGUUCCACUAGAUGUAUGGUUGAUUUUUUUUUUUUUUUUAUUAAUGUGGGGAGUGAAGGUAGGCAAGAGCUUGCUGUUAACUAAUAUAGAUAUUCAGAUGAUAUAAAACAGGGGAAGCUAAAUACCUAGAAGACAAGGUAAUACAACAAAAGAAGAAACCAAACACCCUGGUGUCUAGAUAUAAACCUUGCAAAACAAUUAAAAUCCAAACCUGAAAGAUGAU